AGUUAGAGUUACUGAAGUUAGUUUUUUACCUUGAAUAUUUAUAAGACUGGUAUGAUUAGCAUAUGUUUUACUUUUUUUGCAUUUUGUGUAUGCAAUAAUAAGGCCUAGUCUUUAAUAAAAUACAUACUAAUAAGUCCGUUUAUUAUUCUACAAUGAAUUGCAAGUUUUCAGAAUAAUUAACUUACAAAGUUGUUCAAGACCACCGUGACAGGACAAGUUGAAAAGUUGAUUAUACAGUUGUUGUGCUCGUAUCAGUUAUUAGUUUUAUUACGUCGUCCAAAGUUCAAAAGUUCAGUCAACUUUGGUAAAGUAGGAAGUGACUUUCUUGAGUAAUUUGUUUUAAAAUCGUUGAGUGAAGAAGAAUGCUGGAAGUUAGGGAGGCGCAGCCGGUGAGCGAGGCGGAGCUGCGGGCGUGCUUCCCGGAGCCGCCGCGCGGGCCGCUCGAGCCCUUCAGGAAGAAGGCCUCCUUUGACUGGCGCCGCAUGAAACUCGCCUAUGACUCCAUACAAGCUAUUAGAACAAAGAAUAAAAUAUGGAGUUUUAUGGAGGCGCACCCCCUGUUCAAACACGCGGAGGCCACACCAACGCUGGACGAGCAGAGACACAUCACCACCAAGCGCAUGUAUGUUAUCCACAACGCAGACCUAGUGCCCUUGGAAGAGAUAGCCAUGCAUCCACGGUUGUUCCAAUCCUUCACAGAGGCCAUGUUCAUGUUUGACAGCUCGCUGGCCAUCAAGCUGUCCCUCACCUUCCGCAUGUUCUCCAACACUAUCCGUGGCAGCGGCCGGGACCACCACUUCCCGCUCAUUGAGGCGUGCGACGAGGGCAGGAUCGGCGGGUGCUUCGCGCUGACGGAGAUCGCGCACGGCUCCAACGCGAGGGGCAUGCGGACGACAGCCACCUACGAUCCGGACCAGCAAUGCUUCAUACUGCAUUCGCCCGACUUCGAGGCCGCCAAGUGCUGGGUCGGCUCGCUGGGUAAGUGCGCGACGCACGCGAUCGUGUACGCGAUGCUGGUGUCGAAGGGCAAGAACCACGGGCUGCACUCGUUCGUGGUGCCCAUCCGCGACGCGCGCACGCUGCGGCCGCUCGCGGGGGUCACCGUGGGCGACCUCGGCGAGAAGCUCGGCCUCAACGGCGUCGACAACGGAUUCGUGAUGUUCAAUAAGUACCGGGUGCCGCGCGAGGCCGCGCUGGACAAGCUGGGCGGCGUGGACGAGAGCGGCGCCUACCGCACGCCCUUCCGGGACCCCGCCAAGCGGUUUGGGGCUUCGCUCGGUAUCCUUUCGGGUGGGCGCGUGCACAUAACAUCGAUCUCGACGAACUACCUGCAGAAGGCCGUGGUGAUCGCCGUGCGCUACUCCGCCGCGAGGAGGCAGUUCGGGGAGGAGGGCGCCGCCGAGGAGACUCCAGUGCUGCUCUACCAGCAGCAGCAAAUCCGGCUGCUGCCGUACCUGGCGGCCACGUUCGCGAUGCGCGUGUUCUGCAACUGGUUCGGGGAGGCGCACGUCCGGAUGUCCAUCGAUAAUAUUAUGGGUUCGGAGUCGGCUGCGCUGGCGGCGGCGCGGGGGGUGGAGAUGCACGCGCUGUCGUGCGCCGCGAAGCCCGCGUGCGGCUGGGCGGCGCGCGACGGCAUACAGAACUGCCGCGAGUGCACGGGCGGACACGGGUACCUUAAAGCCGCCGGCAUCGGCGCGCUUCGCGACGACAACGACGCCAAUUGCACGUACGAGGGCGAGAACAGCAUGCUGCUGCAGCAGACCAGCAACUGGCUCCUCAGUGUUUGGGCCGACAAAGAACGACCGGGCUUCGCCGACACGCCGUUCGGCUCCGUACGGUUCCUCGCCGGGGCUCAGGGUUUACUGGCCGAGACCUGCAAGUGGACCGGCACGGAGAUCGUGCAACCGGCCAACGUGGUGCACAUGUACGCGUGGCUAACGACCUACAUGCUGAAGCUGACCGCGGAGAAGGUGUCACGACUCAAGGGUCAGGGCAAGAGCAGCUACCAAGUGAGGAACGACUCGCAGUCCUACACCGCCGUCACAUUGUCAGUGGUCUACGGGGAGCAUUUCAUCUUGAAUCACUUUUACAAAACGGCGCUCGCGUUCGAAGAUGCGGCGUGUAAGGCCGUGCUGCUGAAACUGGUGGCGUUGUACGGCGCCUUCAUGCUCGAGAGGCACAUGGCCACUUUAUACAUUGGUGGGUUCUUCUCCGCGAAUCAGGGCUUGCUCCUGCGGGAGGGGAUCCUGUCGCUGUGCGCGGAGCUGUCCUCCGAGGCGGUGUCUCUGGCCGACACGCUCGCGCCGCCCGACUGGUGCCUCAACUCUGUGCUCGGAUAUGCCGACGGCGAGGUGUACAAGCACAUCCAGGACGGCAUCCUCACGUACCCCGGAGCGCUGGCGCGGCCGCAGUGGUGGCGCGACGUCGUGCACUGGGACACCUACGUCCCCGCCAAGCUGUAGACACACACACACACACACACAAACAGCUGGGGGCCGAUUUUUGGAAGACACUCGAAAAUCGGUGGAAAACAGCAAAAUGCAACUUUUUGAAAUACGAGCGAUAGAAAUUGGGAAUAGAGUGGUAUUGACCCACUCGUUUUCAAUUCUAUUACCUAGUACAAUUUAAAUGCCGGGUACUGGAGAUAUUAAUUGAACGAAAUACACGAAAUGGAGCGGUCGAAAUUCAAAAAUCGGCCCCUUGGUAUAGUCCAUAAAAUACAAGGAGACAUCACAAUUUAUAAAUUAAUACUUUCCGGGUGCUCGGACUUAAUAAAAAUGUACAACAAUUGUAAUACCUUAAAUGAACAAAAAUACUCCAUUAGAAACCUUUCUUCUAUUGAACAAUCUUUACCUUCUAAAGGCCAUAACAGACUAUCGCACCGCACCGCGAGCUUGGAGCGAUUCUAGGAAUAGCUCGUACUGGCGUGGGCUUUCACACUAUCGCACCGAACCGUCAAAACGGUGCGAUCCUAGCUUACAGACUGCCGAACACGUGCGCCAGUGUUGCCAAGUGUCCCAUAUUUCCGUGUUUUUCAACGAAUUAUUGCAAUGGAAUCCUUUAAGAUUGAAUUUAAAUUAAUGUGGUUCCGCUUUUGUAGAGAUAGAUGAAGAGCGUGAGUUAAUAUAAUGCACCUUGAUCCAUGAAAAUCUUAAAAAAUCUGUGUCUUUUUAAAGCACUGCUUCCGCAUUUUUGUUAUUUCAUCGAUUGGCUACAUUGCCGUCCACUGUCAUAAUUUGAAAAUGACAGCUGUCAAUCGGUGCGAUGGAGCUUACACACUAGCGAAAUUGGUGCGGAGCGCACCAGUAUUAUUAUUCCACUGUCAUAAUUUGAAAAUGACAGCUGUCAAUCGGUGCGAUGCAGCUUACACACUAGCGAAAUUGGUGCGGAGCGCACCAGUAUUAUUAUUCCACUGUCAUAAUUUGAAAAUGACAGCUGUCAAUCGGUGCGAUGCAGCUUACACACUAGGGAAAUUGGUGCGGAGCGCACCAGUAUUAUUAUUACCUGUCAGUUGGUGCGACGUGCAUACCCACCGCACCGCUAUUAAUAAUAAUUAUGUGCGUUGGAAGCUUACACACUAUCGAUAAAUGCGCCGCACCGCACCAAGGUCGCGGUCCGGUGCGAGUCUGUUACUACUUUAAGUCCAAUAUAAUACGUAGGUAUGUAAUAAUUAUCACAUUAGCUACUGACAAACGAUGUAUGAUGCAUUCCAUUGUUAUUUAUUUAUAUAUUUUAUGAUAAAACGAAAGAAUAAUAAAAAACUAAAGGUAAUAAAAUCCCUGUUGUAUUCCUAUCUGUCCCCGCCUCGGCCACGUGGUGCGGGGACAGACGUUAUAAUUGGGAAUACGACAAUGGCGCCUUAAAUUACUUAUUUUACUGAUUCUGUUCAAUACUGAAUUAUAACUACUAUUUUUAUUUGUUAUUAAAAAGACAGAUGCUUUUAAAAUAUUCAGAAUGAUGCUCAAUAUUUUCUUUGUUAUAAUAACUUUACUAUAUAGUUAUAAUAAGUAGGUACGUAUAAGUAAUAAUUUUACAAUCGGAAUACAUUUUUGUUACUAAUUAAUCCACCAAGAUAUACAAUUAUACACGGUUAUGGUUACCUAAUAAAUGUUUUAUACAA